AUGCAGAUGCGCGAUGUGGGCGCGGUCGCGUCGUGCGGUGUGCGCGGCGGGACAGGAAGAAGGGGGGUUGCGUGUUGCGUGCGAGACGCGCGGGGUGUCGUGACGGACUGCCUCAGCGUGCCACGUGGCUGCGUCGUCCGGCGGACGGGGACGCUCGCGGGGCGUGUUCGGCCGCGCGCGCUGCGGCGACAGGGUCGCUCGCGAGUUUCCAGGUCUCUCGAUCGACGCGCAACCCCGGACCAGGCAGCACGCCCGCUUUGCACCUCCAGCACGACGAUGCCCCCCGAAGUCCGCAAGACGUGCCCCGUCUGCCACUACAACUGGCUCGACAAGUAUGGCAAGGACGAGUGUCCGAAGUGCCUGUCGAAGUUGAGCGCGGGGGGCUCGAUGAGUCGCGCGCCGGGCGACGUCUCCAAGUACGAGAAGCGCGCGGCCAGCGACGCUAUGGAGAGCCAGAGUGGCGAGUGCCCCAAGGGCGGACCGCACCACUGGAAGUUCGGCAAGUGCAGCAAGUGCAACGUCGGCGAGGGCUACAAGGGCAAGAGCGGCCCUGCCAAGGCCCCGUCGUUCCCCGGCGGGAAGAACCAGGCCUGCCCGAGCCCCAAGGUGCGCCCCGCAGCGAGCGGCGACCCGCAGCGCCCGCGGUCCGCGGCGGGCGCGGUCCGCGUCGCCCGCCGUGCCGACCGCUGCAUGCGACGCCGCGUGGUGCGGUGGGGCGAAGCGGCGGAGACGCUCGCGCGCUGGUGCCGUGGCGCGCAGGCCGAGGGCGGGAAGCACAAGUACAAGUUCUCCAAGUGCCAGCACUGCGGCGCGUCGGAGUUCUGA